AUGAUCUUCAUGCAUCACGGGCCCAAUAUGAGUUCCUCAUCAGUUGUGUACGAAAGUGACACGGCAACCGAAGAGCGACCGUCACAACCCACUCGAACAAGAAUCCAAGCGACUUUCCAGAUCGCACACCCAGCACCAAAGUCGUCCCUCCGAUUUGCUCCAAAACUCCUGUUACAAAUCCAACAACUCGCGCAAAAUCACAGACCAGUCCCAGUCCUCGAAAUAUGGCAGCCGCCAUUUCGCAAAUCAAAAUUGACGCGUGACUUCCAUCAAAGAGUCAAAUUGAGGUCGGGUGAUAUUUACGCGACUCUAGAUGAGUCCUACAUGACCAAUUCGACUCGACGGCAGAAUACUUCCAAUACUAUUUCAGAUCCAGAGUCCGAAAAUAUCACCACUGCAAAAGACAUCAUUGCGGCAAUGUGUCACGACGACACAGCAUCAAAUAUACAUUUCCGCAAUGCGCGAUGUAGCUGGCAGGCCAGUGCAGGGACAACAGGACCCAACGCAUCACCACCGUGUUACAGAUUCACAAUCAAGGACGACGAAACAGACCCUGCGGAUCCAGGCAGGAUGAUUUUGCAAUGGGAGAAGCGGAGUAAAGAGAAUGCGCCGGCUGGUUCGGUGGAUGCGGAGCAAUUUUUGCUUCUGUUGAUUGAUCGGAAAGCAAAAAGGAAGAGUCGUAUUGCAACCAUGACGAAGAGUGAAGUUGAUAUUAUUGUUCGGAAAAGUUCUAUUUUGGAUGGGUUGCAGGUUUGUUAUGAUUUGAUGGGGCCUUUGGAUUCCACCGGGAGGGAUUCCAGUGAGGCUUUGGAGUGUUGGUUGUAUACGAUGACUCUUACGCUGGGCGUGUGGGUUGGGUAUCAAGAGGGGUGGCUUAAUUAG